CCCGAGGAGCAGGAGGUUAUCAACCGGAUGGAGCAGGGCGUGGUGACGGCGUACGUGCCGACGGUGACGGCCGAGUCGCUGGCGGGGUACGGGCCGGCGUUGGCGUCGGACGCGGCCGUGGCUAAGAUGGAGUCGGCCAUGCGCGCCAUGCGCAUCCUCGGCGGCGGGCGGCCCUUCGACCCCGUCACCACGGUCACGGGCGACAUCCGCGAGGCCGUCAAGCGCUACUCGCACGAGAAGAAGCCGCUGUUCUUCAGCUCCAAGGAGGAGAAGGAGUGGCUCGAGAGCUGCCGCCCGGGUUUUCGGUUUAAGCCCGCCGAGGAUGCCACCAAGCAGGCCGUCCUCGACGCCGCCGUCCUCGGCAAGUACGAGAAGCCCCAGUUCGUCGACGUCUCCAACGUCAUGGGCACGCUCGCCAACUACCACAGCCGCGAGCCGACGUACCUGCCGUCCGACUCGCAGGCCUUCAUGGCUAAGGUCCGCGAGCUGCUGCCGGCU